AUGGGGACGGCGUACCUAAUGCGGCGAAGAGCCCCACCCGCUCUACCGUCCCGCUGGCGGCUCCGAUGGUGCUUUGCCGGCAUCCCGGAGGCUUACCAUCUGGUAAGAUACACAACAAACACAACUUGCUUGCCAGUCAGCCAGCGAGCGCAUCGACAAAGAAUGGAACCGUCAUGCACGCUUCGCCGCCGGGGAGAUCGGCACUCUUCAUUUUCGGGACGGUAG